CCAAUCAACGACUCCCUUCUGACGCAGAAGAGCCAAUGAGCACCCCGCGGCUGUGUGUGUUCGGGCUCUCGCUGGGCUCCCGCUCUGUAGGACUUUUGUGGCCCCGCGGCCAUUUUAGGGGCUCGACGAGGCCUUUCCCCCUGCGCGGCGACCCCCCGAGCAGACGUUCAGCUAUGGCGGCGACCGCACAGCUAAGCUCGGUGUCCGAGGUGGAGAUAGACCCGGAUGGCACCUUCAAGUACAUUCUUGUGCGAGUGCAGCACGGGGCCGACAAGUACCGCGAUAUCGUCCGGGGCACCGCCGCCGCCGAGUUCCACAAUCACAUAUUUGAAAAAGUAAAUCCUGAAAUGGAGAAACUAGGUUUUGUAUGCAAGUGCCUUGGAGGAGGAAAAAUUGAGCAUAAUAGUAAAGAAAAGAAAAUCCGUGUAUUUGGUCUUUCUACAGGUUAUGGAAAAGCUGAUCAUGCUGUGUCAGUGGAACUACUGAAGAGAACCUAUAAGGACUAUGAAAUUAGUUGGUCAGAUGACAAGAAGUGAAUUGCUGCCGCUGUGUAUUUUGAACUAUGAAGUCAGUCCUUUUUCUUUUCAGGAUAGUGUGGACUUGCAUCACAAAAUACAGCCAAGUGAAUUUCAUUUUUGCUGAAUAAAAAACUUCAACGCUG